CGUAAAUUUAACGCGUCUCCUGCGUCGCUGAUUUGAUGACGUCGUGAAGCGUUUGUUUUCCGUGGGGUUUAAAAGAAGUCACAUUGAACAUAGCUGCUUUAUCUAUAGUUAGUCCGUUUUCUUCCCGCCACUUAAAUACUCUAUUUUAUAUUUUGGGGUUAGAAUUAGCUCAUUUUUGAGUCAAGAUGUCGUACAUGUUACCGCAUCUCCACAAUGGAUGGCAGGUCGACCAAGCCAUCCUGUCUGAGGAGGACCGAGUCCUCGUCAUCCGCUUCGGACACGACUGGGACCCAACAUGUAUGAAGAUGGACGAGGUUCUUUACAGCAUCGCUGAAAAGGUGAAGAACUUUGCUGUCAUUUACCUCGUGGACAUCACAGAAGUGCCUGAUUUCAAUAAGAUGUACGAGUUGUACGACCCCUGCACUGUCAUGUUCUUUUUCAGGAACAAACACAUCAUGAUUGAUUUGGGCACCGGUAACAAUAACAAGAUCAACUGGAUAAUCGAGGACAAACAGGAGAUGAUAGAUAUUGUUGAAACUGUGUAUCGAGGAGCAAGGAAAGGAAGAGGUUUGGUGGUGUCUCCCAAGGAUUACUCUACAAAAUACAGAUACUGAUUUUUUUUCAUCCUCCUUUGUUCAGUUUAUUAUUUUUUCAUUUGACAAAAUGAAGAGACAAAAAACACAAAAGGUUCAGGAAUAUUCUUCAGCGUGUUUACCUUUGGUAGUAAAACAGGACAUUGUUGAUAAUGGUGGGUUUAAUGUCACUUUUUGUUUUUGCAAACGUAGCUUCAUAAAUAUUAAGUUUUGUGUUUUUUAAGGCUUAUUUCUGUGAAAUAUGUCAGUGUGGAACACAUCGGUAAUAUUGUACAACUUGUAACUGUUUUAAUAAAAAACUUUUACUUAA